AUGCUGCCAGACUCUGCCAGUGCCCUCACUCGCGACAAACUCGACACCGCUACCGACCCGAAUACUACUUACCCACCGAGCGUAGCAUCGACAGACGCGAUUUCCGCCCUUGGCCAGCCCUCUGUUCUUCCCAAUCGCCCAUCCACCGCGCGCGAGCCUCUCCCACCCUCCCACCAUCGUCGCGACGACUAUCCCCUCCCGCACUCCUCCCACGCCAACCUCGACUCCUUCUCCCGCCCAACCCAGCAGCCCUCCCGCCAACCACAUCCUCAAACAGAGGGCAGGAAGGCUUCCAAGAGUGGCUUUUUUCACUUCAGCAAGGGGCCUCGCGUUGCUACACAGCCGCUGCCCGCAACCGAGCCCCUUCUUGACAAACAGCAAGAUCACGCCGCCGCCGCCGCCGUCGCCGCCCCCAGAAGUGGCGAUCCUGCGACGACGGAGUGCCCGGGAGGCUCAGUCUACGGACACGACGACCUGCAGCGUCCGAAUCUGCCCUUCUCGUCCCAGUCACAAGUUUCACUCUCUUCCGCCGGCGACACCGACAGCGCCACAACCGCCAGUAGCAAGCAGCGCAAAGUCAAACCGUUUGGCCGACUCGGACGCUCAAAAUCGAAUCGCGACAAGGACCGCCCAAGUCCCAAGGCCGCCCCUACCACCCUCCCAACCACACCCAGCGUCCCCAUUCUGUACGACAAUUUCGCUCCUCUGAGGACUGCGCCGGUUGCCCAGGAUCGCGCUUUCCGGGAUAUGAUGAAUUCGAGCAUCCGAAACCGCUCCGAAGAUCGUGCUCUCACUCGAAACGGCAGUGCCAGCCGCGAAAAUCUGCGCGAUAACACACAGAAGAUGCACUCUUCCUCUUACAAAGACAAUGGCGGGUCGACAUUUCUGAGCGGCUUGCGUGGCUCCCGUGCCGCCGACAUCUUUAGCAAAGGUCUCUUCGGCAAGAGUACAAGGAGUGGCAGCACGACAGACAGGGAGCCUGCGGUCGAUGAUGAACACUAUGUAUUAAAGGUCAUCAACCUUCCUUUGGUUGAGCAGACGCGCCUUACCCGCAUUUCAAAACGACUAGAGCACUCACGCGACAAAACGGAAUUCUGGAUGCCUGCUUUCCCCUGGCGCGCUAUUGACUACCUUAAUUACAAAGGCUGCGAUGUUGAAGGGCUGUAUCGUGUGCCCGGUAGUGGCCCUCAAAUUAAGAAAUGGCAGCGCCGUUUUGAUGAACAACACGACGUAAACCUGUUCGAGGUUGACGAUUUAUAUGACAUCAACAUCGUUGGCUCGAUGCUAAAAGCAUGGCUGCGAGAGCUGCCAGAUGAGUUGUUUCCUAAGGAAUCGCAGGAUCGCAUUGCAAGAGAAUGCGCUGGCUCGGAAGAGGUCCCGCAGCUGCUCAUUGAUGAACUCGCCAACUUGUCACCCUUCAACUACUACCUCCUCUUCGCUAUUACCUGUCACCUCAGCCUUUUGCUUGCCCACUCUGAUAAGAACAAGAUGGACUUUCGCAAUUUGUGCAUCUGCUUCCAGCCCUGCAUGAAGAUUGACGCCUUCUGCUUCAGAUUUCUGGUCUGUGAUUGGAGAAACUGCUGGAAGGGAUGCAAGAAUGAGGCCAAAUACAUCGAAGAAGAAUACAAGCGGUUCGAUCAGCCGCCACCCAGAGGACUCGCCGAACCGGCACAACUGACGAGCAACACUGAAGUGCGCAACGCAUCCCCACCCCGCAGCAAGCAGGAUGCGAAAGAAGAGUUGAAGUUGAAUGACGUUCCUGCUCCUGGUGGACGUCCAAACGACUCCGAGUCGAUAGGCGAAACGAAUGGUGCCCACGAAGCUCGACCAAAGACAGCCGACAUGCGACCUUUGUCACCAAUCAAGCCGCUGUCCCCCUUGGGAUUUUAG